AUGAGCAGCUUUUCAAAGCUAAAAGCAUGUCUAGUAUCUCUACUUUGCAUCGUUGUUGCUCUCAUUCCUGCAACCACUAGCACGGCGCAUGGCAAGCAGGUGUCGGAACAACUACAAGCCAGCACGUCUUCCUCGCACAUAGUUCCGCAGACGAAUCUUCGUUCGCCUGCUUCGAUCUCGGAUUUUUCGCUCGUCUCGUUCGACGACAUCAUCCAAGGUCGCUUCGUACCACUACCCGUCAGCCAAACACAUUUGAAAGAUGUAAUCGAAGGCGAACAAGAUCCUUACACGCUUCUCUUUUCUGAUCAGUCGAAGGCGGAGGCGGAGGGGGCGCCUAUCAUCGAACUCACCCAUCCACGUUCUUUUCGAUCGUUGAACGCACUCAUGCAUCGCUACAGACAUGUUCAUAUUUAUCGCCACAUAUCUGGGCCUGAUGAUGGCUUCUUCGAGUCAAAGAUUGUGCUGAUGCGACGACAACCGCUGCCGGGAGGCAUCUCAAUCGCUCCGGGAUCGCGUGUCAUUGGGCUCGAUGAGAGGAUCAGCGAGAUUGAGCACAUACGGCGCAGAUAUGGCCUCGAGGUAGCUUGGGCUAGAUUUCAUAAGCUGUUCACAUCUCUCGAAGGCAUAGACCAGGCGCAAGUGGCGAUCAGGACAUGGGCGGACAUAAUUUCGUCUCCAUUUGUACCGGUAGAUCAAGGCGGAUCUGGGAUCAGAUAUUACCUGGACUUCUACAGGAUGGGUAAGUUCUUGAGUCUGGAUGGCAGACACAUACUCGGAAUCCGAAUCAAUCUUCAGGGAGUGGCUGACCACUACGAGCAGGCGAUCAACGAGGUGAUGCCUCACUUGUGA